CAAUAGGAGGCGUGGAUGAGAUAUACACCAACUGAGGAGGAAAAAAGACUCCUCUCUGAAUGCAAGCGUGAGAGUUUCUUGUAUAGAUCUGCGCCAUAUUCUAUAAUAUGCAUGCUUAUCACUUCACACUUGAUGAAGAGAGGAGUUUUUGAAGCUAAGUCAAGACUUGCUGUUGCUGCCAAACUUACAUAUGCUGGGUUUUUUGGAUAUGUUGCUGGAAAAAUAUCCUACAUGCCAGCCUGCAGGGAAAAAUUUAAGAGACUGGAGACUUCCCCGCUAACUGAGUUCAUACAGAAAGGCCCCAAGUGUCUUACAGAUGACUAUUCUAGUGAAAACUCAAAACUUACAGAUGAACCUUCUCAGUCGGCUUUUGGACCUACUCCAACAACCGAAGUCACACUUCCUUCCAGCUAUUCAGAUGAACAUAGCUCAACAGAUCAAUUCUUCUCUAAUUAUGAACCAGUUCCAUUCAGUGCUUCCCUGAAUGAAUCUUCACCUACAGGAAUUACUGAUCGUAGUGACCAAGAACCUGUUUCAUUGCAAGAAGAAACUAAAAGAAAAGCUGUCUCUUAUGAGGAACUGAGGAACAAGAAUAGAGAAGCAUAUAAGGAGGCCUUAAAAGAGAAACGGAGUCCAGUCCAGUCUUCACAGGAAAAACCAUUUAGAAAAGAAGCUAAAGUAAACGAGUAUGGAGACGCUUGGGACGAGUAAGAACUGGAUAUCUGCACCUACUGAGGGAAGUUAUUUGCAGUCAGUUAACUUCUGCUUCAUUAAUGUUGGUCAUCACGCGUGCGUUAUGGAAUACCCUGUCAAAAGGAGAUUGUUGGGUUUUUUUCACUUGCUAGAGGGUUAAAAAUUAUGGAUUUAAGCUUAGUAUUAUGUAACUUUUCACAUAUGGGGAACCAAACGAUUGAUUGCAUCAUUUUGAAAUGUAUGUGAUAUUUUAAAAGAAUGUACAAUAGUUUAACUAGAUUUAAUUCUAUGAAUUCCUAGAAAUAGGAUGAAGGCAAUGGCAUUUGUAAAACAGGCUCAAUCAGUUGUGCUCCUAUUUGUGGGGGGAAACAGUGUAAUAUGUUAAAACUAUUAAAGACUUGCAUUAAAAGUUCCUCAAUAAAAUAUUCUCUCACUUUUU